AUGGACCAAGGGACAGAGGCCACCGGCGGCACGCAUGGCCUCAAGGCCGAGCUGAGCCAGCGCAGCCAGGAGCUGCGUGUCCUCACUGCCCUGCAAGAGCAAGGCAGGAAGAUUUUCGCUCAGUCCUGCGAGGAGAAGCUGCGGCAGAACAGGGAGCUGCUCCCCGGCCUGCAGGGGGCCUUGCAGGAGGAUUCCAAUAUCCUGGACUUUGUCCUGAAGUACAACAAAGUCCCUGUUAAGGAUGUUUUCGCAGAGGGUCCGGAACUCGUUCCGCUCACUGAGACCGCACAGCCCUGCUCUGUGUUAUGCGGAGCCCAGCCCAGCRCUGCCAUCAGCACUGUCCCACCUCUGCCUCAGCCCAGAGCAAGGCACUCCCACAUCCCAUCCUGUCAAACCAGUGACAGCAUCCCAGAGCAGCAGCCCAGUGUCCCUGGCUCUGCUUUGGUGGGAGAUUUCCAGGCAGCACCCCCUUCUGCARCACCCAGCCUGGGAAAUGCUCUUUUGCCCAUCCAGGUGGUCCAAAAGAAGCUUGAGAGCCAGAUCAAUGACCAGGUGAAGGUGUGUGACAUGCUGCUGUACCAGCUGAAGCAGUGGAGCCAGGCCAGGGACGAGCACCAGAAGCACCUGCAGGAGCUGCUGGAUGCCGAGACGGAUCCCAAGUGGCAAGAGCCACAGCUGCAGACAAUUCGCCAGCUGGGCAAUGACAUUGAGAAGAUGCUCAUGAAAAUUCGAAGUGGAGAGAUUGUGACAGACCUGUUUCUGCAGCUGCAGGAAAUCCUGAAGAGGGAGCUGGUGUACCUGCCUCAGUACCUGGACUUCCUGUGCGGGAUGACCGUGAUGUACAAUGAGGAGCUCACAAGCCGCAGCAGCCUCAAAGCCAACCAUGUCAUCAAGAAACUCAUGGCUAAGGCAGGACCCCAGGUCCGUGUGGAGAAGCAGCUCAGGGACAAGUCCCUGGCAGAGCAGAGGAUGCACAUCGAGAGCCUCCGGCUCCAGGAGGAGAAUGAGAGGCAGCAGAGGAAGCAAGCCGUGUCCAUGCUGUCAGCGGAGCACGAGCCAAGCUCCUCGGAAAUGCUGGGCAGUGCUGACAUCGAGGCUGCCAUGGCCAAGCUGCAGCGCGAGGCCUCUGUGGUUGAGAAGAUGGAGAAAGCAAAGACUGUCCUGAAGUGCUCCUGCCUCUGGGACAUCCCCAGCAGGAUCGAGGCRCAGAGGAAGUCCCUGGAGGACCUGCAGCAGCAUAUUGAUGAGUGGAGGGAGAAGAAGGAGGAGCUGAAGAAGACRUUGAAAGAGCUGGAGGGGAAGCAGGAGAAGCUGAAGUUCACCCAGCCCGUCAUUGCCACCAGGGCUGUCAGCAGUGUGAAGUUGGGACUGAGGGGCAACCCGAGCAGCUUUGGGGUGUCCCUGCACCCUUGUGACGUGAGGGUGGCUGGCUCCAGGCUGCAGGAGCACGAGCUGAGGGAGAACCUGGAGCAGGAAGAGGCRCGGCUGGAGGAGAUGCAAGCGCAGAUGUCGAGGAACCAGAAGCGCCUGAUUGAGUUUGAGAACAUCAUUGACAACCUGUUCCUCCGCCUGCAGGGCAUCCUCAUCCCCGGCCAGGAGAGCCCAGUGGAGGCGGUGGGGCUGGAGGAGAAGCUGCAGCACUGYGAGCAGAAGCUGCAGUUCAUGAAGGAGAAGAUGGCGGCCCGGCCCGAGGAGAGCACCGACGAGCGCAGCGAGACUCUCUCCAAGGUCAGGAGCCUCCUGGAGUUAAGAACUGCAGAUGAAACACAGAACCUGAAGAUUGCCUUUGAGGAUGAAGACACUAUGGAACAUGGUUUUGAGGCUGACGGUGGCUGUUUCCAAGGCUUCACACAGGGCUGGUGUUUGAGGACGCCCCUGGAGGAGGAAAAAGGGCUCUUGGCAGCUCACCACCAUGCUUUAGCAAAGCAGGAGCUGUGCCCACCACUCUGCAGCUCCAGACCUUUAGGGGAAGUUGUUGGAGCAGUGCUGGCCACAGUGGUGGCAACACCAGGUCCUGCAUCUCAUCCUGGGAUGCUGGGGUGGAGAAGCCCCUGGGACUCCACAAGCCAAAUAUGCCCUCCCUCGCCACGUGGGCRCAGCAGAGGUGGCCCCCAGACCAUCCUCAGCCCCUCCUCUCCACUGUCCCCUCCAGACACCCUGGAUUUUGAGGAYGAAGACCGUGACUACAUCCCCAGCCGGGAGGACAUCAAGAAGCAGGGGCUGCAGCUGAUCAAGAUGAACACCAAGAAGCGCAGGAAGAAGUAGUGGUUUCUCCGCGUGAGCUUUGGGGGCCCUGGGCCACCCCUAAUACCCUUU